AUGGCGGACAUUCAGAAAGAGCAACCAACACCUAUCACCUCAUUGACAGGUAACGCUGUGUCACCCAUCCACGAUACAGAGAAGGGAAAAGAUACAAGCAUCACCAAGUUAUCGCCCAUUGAAGCACCCCCAGAGUUGACCUUGGAGGGCUCCGAUGACCCAUAUAACUGGCCAACCGCACGCAAAGUUACAAUCUCCCUCAUAAUAUCCCUAUCCCAACUGGUCUGUCUCAUGACAACAAGCGUCGUGGCCCCGGCCUUGUCUCAGAUAGCCACAGAUCUCAAUCUAUCAGCUUCCAAAGCGCAACUUGCAUUCUCCAUCUUUGUGCUCGGCCAGGCAUGCGGCCCCUUUGUCAUUGCGCCUAUGAGUGAGGUAUUUGGUCGGAAGCCGGUCUGGGUAGUAUGCGUUGUCUUUUUUAUCUUUUGGAAUUCCAUCUGUCCUGUUGGAAAGUCGCAGGCUGUGUUGAUUGUGGGGAGGUUCUUGUCCGGGGCUGGAGGGUCUUGUGGCGUUAUUUUAGCAGGGCCUAUAGCAGCGGAUAUGUUUCGCCAGAAAGAUCGAGGCAAAUCACUUGCUCUUGCUUCCAUGUUUCCCUACCUAGGGCCGGCCCUAGGUCCUAUAGUGGGUGGACUUGUCAGCCAAUACGUCAGCUGGCCGUGGUUGUUCUGGGUCAUAUCAAUUUUCAGUUCCGUUAUCUUUGUUGCUGGCGUGCUGUUUGUACGAGAGACAUGCAAGCCGGUUUUACUUCGACGCAAAGCUCAAGGAACGGACGUGGCAACAACGGAAGUAGUCAAGCCGUCAUUGCCAGAAGAACGCCUCUUGUCCAGAAUACUCGUGAGCCUACAGCGCCCAUUCAAAUUGUUACUAUCACGACCAAUAAUCCAAAUCCUUUGUUUGAUCAACGGCAUCGGAUUUGGCAUUUACAUCCUCGUCCUAUCCUUCUAUGCAACAGUGUUCAUAGACCAAUACCAUCAAUCAGCCACAACAAGCAGUCUGCAGUACAUCGCCAUCGCGCUCGGAUGUACCAUCUCUACCCAGACAGGCGGUCAUUUAAUGGACAUCAUCUUCGCUCGACUUCGUUCUCGUCUCCCGGAGCAUUCACCUUUACGUGACUCCCCACCCCCAGAGUUUCGUGUGCCAUUAAUGAUAGUCGGAGUCCUGAUGCUACCCAUUGGCCUCUUCUGGCUCGGCUGGUCCGCUCAAGCACACAUCGCGUGGAUAAUGGUCGACAUCGGCGCCUUCAUCUUCGUAGCUGGUGAGUUCCUAAGCAGUCAAGCCGCGGCUGCAUACCUGUACGACGAGUUUACGACUCAUUCUGCCUCGGCAAAUGCUGCGAACAGGUUGAUGUCUAAUGUCAUGGGGUUUGCGUUUCCGUUGUUUGCGCCGCAGCUGUAUGGUCGGUUGGGUUAUGGGUGGGGGAAUAGUUUGUUGGGUUUCAUAUGGAUUGCUACUGUCGUACCCAUUCCAUUUGUGCUUUGGUAUUGGGGGGAUAGGUUGAGAGCGAGGGGAAAGAAGUAG